CAAGAGAUCACACAGAAUUACCCAUUGCAACUCUACAUGACAUGCCGAAAUCAAAGACCGACACACCGACACUCACAUCCCUACCCUACGAGUUGCAAGCACUGACAUGGCUCGACGACCAUUCGGCGAAUAAAGAGGGGAUAUAUUGUUAUUGUGGGAAGAAUAAGGGGGUGGUUGAGGCCAUGUUGGCAUGUUCUUCCUGUCGACAAUUAUUUCAUUCAAAUUGCGUUAAAUGCCUCCCAAAGCCUCUUCUUGCCGGUGACGUUUUCUAUACGUUUACAUGCUCGGUCUGUAAUAAUGGUACACAACUGUUUACUCGGUCCAACAUGAGUUGGCAGGUGAUUACGCAUUUGACUAUUUACAAUCUCCUUAAACGGACACCCGAGAAAGAAUAUGUGCGGUGGAAAGAGGAUAUAUGUAGUUUUGUGGAAAUGUAUUGGGAGUAUUUCAAACCUGGGAAACCGAAGUCUCCGACGUGGCAUAAUACCGUUGCAAGUGUGUUAUCAACUGCACAAGGCAAGGUAUUCAAAUCUGGUACAGAAACGUAUGGACAACCAGGGUUUUGGACGCUCCAGGUAAAUGAACCGCCUCCUCCCAUAAUCUCAAAAGGGACACCCGUGAAAUCCGUGCUACGAAAACCGACACGGAAACGCAAGACACCACCAGCCGAUGAGGUUCCGAUUAAAUUGGAACCACAACCAAAAAAGAAGAAAGAGGGGGAUGUUACGCCAAAGCAGAGGUCUCCUAAACCAGAGGUCCCAGACACACCCACUCCACCAACCAUCCCACAACCCAAAAGCCAUCCCCCAUCCCCCAUCCCAUCCUCGACAUCCACACCCAUCCCACCGCGCAUCCAAGAUUUAUUUGAGAGUGGGUCAGAGUUGUCGGAUGUUGAAUUAAGUUUUGAUGAAAAAGGGGAGGAAGAUGACGAGAAUGAUACAAGAGUUAAAGUGGAAGAUGAUGGGAGAGUCGAACAACCACAAAAGCCUACACGUCACCCCCCACCCCAACUUCUAACCCCCUCUGAAGAAUACCAUCUCCUAAACCGACUCAUACCCAAAACACCCCCUCUCCGCCGCUUACACCGUAAACUCUCUCUCCGACGCCUAAAACGAUCUCUCGGGCUCCCAUUGUUUGAUUUAGAUGGUGUUGUGUCGAGGGGGUUGCGUGUAGGUGGGUUUACAGUGUGUCCGAAAUGGGAGGUUGUGAAUGUGAGGGGGAUGGAUACCCGAAGGGCUAUUGAGAGGUUCAAGGCGGUUACAAAUGUGCAUACCACGUCCUAUACCCAUUCCUUUUUGUCUCGACUUUAUGGGGACGCAUUUAAAUCCACUACCCUCGUCUCUCGGUCCCCACGUACGAGUCCAUACACUGGUCACGUCCUUGCCCCCUAUAUAUGGCGAGAUAGAGUCUCUAACCCGCCCUGGAAAAGCGUAUUGGAGAUGUGGAGUGGGGAGAAAGGGUCGAUUGAUUACGUGUAUUUGGAGAAAGGGAUGUUGGAGCAGGUGAAUGGGGUGUUGUGUAGAAUGUUUUGGCCGGAUAUUGAUGUUUCGGAAAAUUUACUAUACCCCGAUUUUUCAAUCGUUGCACUUUAUAAACGUGUUGUUGUUGGAUGUGCUUUCAUGACGCCUGAAGGGUAUAUUUCGUAUAUUGCUGUUCGGCCUGGGUGGGGAUCUGCUGGGAUUGGGAGGUUUAUGUUGUUUCAUUUAAUUCAAGUUGCGGGGACACGAGACGUGACACUCCACGUUUCUGCGAAUAAUAAAGCCAUGGUACUCUAUCAACGUUUGGGAUUUAAACCAGAGGAAUUUAUUGUGGGGUUUUAUGACAAGUAUUUACCGGCUGAGAGUAAGGAAUGUAAGAAUGCGUUUUUUGUAAGGUUGAGGAGGUAGUUUUUCUUUGGGAGGGUGUGAGUCGUAAGUUUUUGGUUGGGUUUUUUUUGUGGAGGAUUUUGUGAGAUAUUUUUGUGCGUUUAUCGAACGAGAAUGAAUAUACCAAUCUCCCAUUUUUUUUAUUGUAUUUUUGGAAUUUGGGAGAUUUUUCACUGCUUGC